CUCUAAACCCUCAAGUCACUCAUUCUCCAAUUCCUCGAGUUCUUUCAUUCCUGAUUCCGUUCUCAAAAAACCCUCGUUUUCCCCAUUCUUUAUAUCCUAUGGCUCCAAAGGUUGGUGAGAAGAAGCCCGCCGAGAAAAAACCAGCGGAAAAGGCUCCGGCGGAGAAGAGGCCAAAGGCGGAGAAGAAGAUCUCAAAAGAAGGCGGCGCAGAUAAGAAGAAGAAGAAGGUUAAGAAGAGCGUCGAGACUUACAAGAUUUACAUCUUCAAGGUAUUGAAACAGGUUCAUCCUGAUAUCGGGAUCUCGAGCAAAGCGAUGGGGAUAAUGAACAGUUUCAUCAACGAUAUCUUUGAGAAAUUGGCUCAAGAAGCAUCGAGAUUGGCUAGGUAUAAUAAGAAGCCGACGAUUACAUCUAGGGAGAUCCAAACCGCCGUUCGAUUGGUUUUGCCUGGUGAAUUGGCUAAGCAUGCCGUUUCUGAAGGAACAAAGGCGGUUACUAAGUUCACCAGUUCUUAGAUUUCUUUUUCUUUUUGUUUUGAGAUUGGAUUCUGAUUAGGGUUUCCGAUUUGGGAUUUUAGGGUUUUUUAAAUGAUGGUUUAAUAAUGUUCUUGAGUUGUAGGCCUUCGGAUUCAAUGAUAGUUGUUUUGAUUA